AUGAAAAAUUAUACAGCAAUAACAACAUUCAUCUUGGUGGGAUUAACAAAUGACCCACAUCUACAGAUUCUGCUUUUUAUUUUUCUAUUUCUAACCUACUUGUUGAGUGUUGUAGGGAAUCUGACCAUUAUCAGCCUCACGUUGGUGGAUUCCCACCUUAAAACACCCAUGUAUUUUUUCCUCCAGAAUUUCUCCAUCUUGGAAGUGUUCUUUACCACUGUCUGCAUUCCUAGAUUCCUCUACACAAUGGCAUCUGGGGACAAUACCGUUACCUACGAUGCAUGUGCCACUCAAUUAUUUUUUGUUGUCAUAUUGGGUGUGACUGAAUUUUUCCUCCUCACAGCCAUGUCCUAUGACCGCUAUGUGGCCAUCUGCAAACCCCUGCAUUACAUGACCAUCAUGAACAACAGGGUCUGCAUCAAGUUCCUUAUUGGAUGUUAUAUGUUAGCUCUGCUCAUCGUCCUCCCACCCUAUAUCAUGGGCUUCAAGCUCGAGUUUUGUGACUCCAAUGUCAUAGAUCACUUUGGCUGUGAUGCUGCUCCCAUCCUGAAGAUUACCUGCUCAGACACAGAGUUUAUCGAGCGAUUUGUCUUGGUCCUGGCUGUGUUGACACUCAUUUUCACCUUGGUGUGUGUAGUUCUGUCCUACACAUACAUCAUUAGGACCAUUCUCAGAUUUCCUUCUGUCCAGCAAAGGAAAAAGGCUUUUUCUACUUGUUCUUCCCAUAUAAUUGUGGUUUCUAUUACUUAUGGAAGCUGCAUCUUUAUCUAUAUCAAACCUCAUGCAAAAGAAGGGGUUGCUAUUAAUAAGGUGGUGUCAGUGCUUACCACUUCAGUUGCCCCAGUGAUGAAUCCCUUUAUUUAUACUCUGAGGAACAAGCAAGUGGUACAAGCUUUCAAAGACAUGAUCAAAAGAGUUGCAUCUAUCUCAAAGAAUUAA